GGUCGUCGGCCUCAUCCUCUAAGUCCGAUAUUUCCGAUUGUCCUGAAGGCGGCGUAAGCCUCUUGUCGUUGGCUUCGGCUUCCCCAUGUCAUCUUAGUCGGGGUGUACAGUCGAAAAUAGAGCAGCAGCUGGUCACAUGUGCAGCAUAUCCCUUUCACUGGUACUAAUAUUAAUCGUUUAAUACCAGCACUGGACACCACAGUAACGCUCACGGACAGUCGGUAAAGUUUGUCGUUUAGCGACGGAUAACGGACACCCCCAUAAAAAAAAUGGUACAUUCCACACGUUAACGUCCAAAACAAAAAUGGCACAUGAGAGCGUUGAACACAGAGAGGUGUGUGUACGCAUCUGAAACGAAACCGAAGCCCGGUGGUGUCUGACAUUGAUCCCUGAGUCUCUGUAGUAACACGAACCGAUAGUCCAGUCGGUGUCAUUCAGGCAUGGAAAAGCAAAUGUCAGCUCUGCUCUCAUACCUCAGAGCCCCUCUGUUCACCGGCCCUCUGUCCCGCGUCUGUGCUAACUUCCAGGGAGCCGGUGUGAAGUUCAGACAUAGUUUAACUUCUGGAAGCCCCCAGUUUGGAGGGAAGCCAGCAACAAGUCCUCUCCGCGGCCAUAUUAACGCUGCCCUGCGAGCUGUGAAGUUUUCAACAACAGCGACAGCCGCUAUUUGGAAGUCCAGCCAGCGGGACGGGUCCGCCGCACCCCGGCUCCGGGCAGGCUGGUUGGGCAAGGUCGCCCUCGGUGCCGCCCUCGGAGUGAGCACACUCGCGUUGGUCCAGUAUCUCCACACCGGGAGCUGCACCGCCAUGGCCCAGAAAGUUAACCUAAACUCUGCUGAGGGAGACUGGAAGGAGACCAAGGACUUCUUGCUGUCUCUGUCUGUGAAAGACAGGCGGCAGUACUACAAGACCUCCAGCUCUGUGCCACUGGAUAAGAUCCCAGUGUGGACCCCCACCGCAGGAUGUUCUGAGAAACCUCUCUACCAGAGGAAUGAAAAAUUAGACCAGAAGAUUUCUCUCUACAGUGGGGACAUCACCAAGCUGGAGAUAGACGCUAUUGUCAAUGCAGGUAUGUGUGUGUAAGUUGGAUCAAUGUGUAGGUUAGUUGU